GGGCUUGAACCAUAUGUCACUUGCUGGCCAAAAAAUAGCUGGUGUGCAUACUCUGCGACACACUCGCCAUAUCCUGGCCACUGUGUGUGGCUUAGGAAUGGGCGUGAUGGCAGCAUUAUUUCUUAUUAUCAAUGUUAUUGCUGACUUUUGGGGCCACGGUACUGUAGGUUUACCAGCUACUGUACCGUAUGUAUCGGACCGCUUCACAACCAAACUCUUUCCCAACGAUCAGCAUUUUCCUAUAACGUACUCUAUAUCAGCAUGCAUGGUUACAUUGUGUCAUGUUUUUUGGACCGUACUAUUCUGGGAUGGAUGUCAUAAAAAGGGUACGAGAAGUACCUGGUGGAUGGGUAUUUGUUUUGCUGUCACCUCACACUACGCUAUGUCUGCUCUGAGCUUCGGAAAUCGUACGAAAUAUCAGAUGGCGGUAAUGUGCGUGCAAGGAGCUAUCGUUAUGGUAAAUGCAGUGAUCUCAUUCUUGGUAAUGGAUGUCACUUGGCCAAUAUUGAAACGCAGAACAAAAUUAGCACUUUACAGACUGGUACGCAUACGAGGCUGCAGCUCUGAAUCUGUUGGUGCUUCUAUUUCCAGAUCUGAAAACUCUGCCAAUGAUAGGUCGAGCUUUUAUGUGCAAGUUCUGCAGUCGAUGGUUGAUCCCACCGAAUGGUUGGGUACAUGCACAACGAGAGUCCAAGGAAAUGCUAGCUAUAUUAUUGAAGAAGCUAAGACCUACGAUGACGAAGGCAGCGCUUAUGCUAUUUAA